AAUGUUCACCAACUGGUCAGAUGUCGUGAAGAACUGAUUACUUUAGAUAAGCGGUCAGCAAGCUUGUAUAGGCUGAUCAUGGGUGUAUUCGGUAAACCAAACUGUUUUGUGGAGCAUUGUGAAACUGAGAACAGAUAUUGCAUUUGGUGGCCUAGUGGAUAGCGGUAAAUGUUGAUGGAAUACAUCGGUGAAAUGAAGUCAUACCUUAACACAAUAUGGCUCACGCGUUUUGGCGUAAUGUUACAUGUAUGUCCACCAGGGUUAUGUGAAGCCGAAACUACAAAUGGGCCACACAUGUACACUAAAUUCACCAUAAGUUGGUUUGGCAAUUAUGUCUGCCUGUCAGUAUCAUUAUUAGUCUUGGAAAUCGCAUAAGAAGCGCCAUGAAUAAAUAGGAUUAGCAAAUGGUCAAAUCAAAGACAUCAUUAGCAGUCAUGUAUCAUCAAUGAAUAGAUGUCUGGCAUGUUUUUGAUCUGUUUAUAAAGGACUAGAGACACCGAACACUUGUGGUUUAUUUUUUUAACAGCAUGAAGGCUGUAGGUCAGGGUCCUCGAGGUUCAGUUCGCCUGCUGAUUUUUGUUCCAACCAGUUACCUUAGUUUUGGUUUUCAGACAACUCUAUAAACGACACUUGUUCACUCCUGUGCACAUUAAAAUUUUUAGCAAACACUUACAGUCUGCAUCUGUAGCUGGGGCUUAUAUAAAUAAGUUCAAUUUAUUGUCCCUAUAAGGGAAAUUAAGUUAAUUCAUGACAAACAACAGUGCAUUCAUACAUAGAUACUUACAGACUAUGGACAACACAGCGCAACAUGACAGUAUAAAAAGAUAACACACAUCACAGAAACACAGACUUAAUGUGCAAAAGGGAAGAUUAAUUGGAACGUAGUGCAAUCAAUUAUUAGGCAUUGUGCAAAUUGAGAAAGUUUAAUGCAGGUAUAAAUUAAUUUUUGUGUCUAAUACACCUCAUCUUCACCACCUUAAAAUGUGGCCUUAAUGGGAGCAUUUCAAAUUCCCGGUGAAGAGGAUGUUCUGGACUGGCAGGAAAUUCAGACUACGGUCGUUUCCGCUCACUGAUAUGGAAGAGGCGCAUGGUCAGGAAAACGUAGCCAGUGUAACUUUGAAUGACCGGCAAGACUCUGUGAGCUUGGAGGCUCAGCUGGUCCAGCAGGAAAGGGAUCGGAAACGACAGACUCUUCAGCUCUAUGAGGCCAGGCGGAGGCAGACGAUUGAAGAGAGGCGGAGGAGGUUGGCCUUGUAUCCGGAGCCCAGGGAUGGUGUGUGCAUCCAGGUGAAAUAUGGCGAUGGAUCAGCACGCCGCAGAAGAUUCUAUGUAACGCAGUCCAUUCAGAUUCUCUUUGACUUCGCGGGGUUAGACGACAUGGCAACAGACGUGUUCCACAUUCAGACAGCCUCCUCAUCCACCACCACGCCCAGCACGAGCACUGGGACCCUGUCUGAGCACGGCAUCACCACCCCCUCCACCGUAUAUGUGCUGUGGCUAGGCCCUGGGGAAGUGGAGGAAAGACUUACCCUAAAUGCAUUGGUGGCAGUACCAACAUCUGUCCUCCCAUCGCAUUCUACUGCUAUACAUUUACUGGAGUCCACUGCAGCCACAGAGCUCAACACUGCCCCCUCUGGUAGUCAGGACAACCUGAGCCACAAACACAAGGAAUUGGCUCGGCCUCCAGGGGGCACUGUUGCUGAGGCUGUAGAGGACUCUAUUGUGGCGCUUUCUUGGCCCUGGUUCAUCCCCAUUGAGGACACUGCAGUGGAGAGACCCUCUCUUAGCCCCUCCCACUCCACCAUGCCCUCUGUGACAUCACUGCCCAACCCCCACCCAUGUGCCAAGAGGAGGCGGAUGCAGUACAGCUGGCUGCUGGAGAGGGAGAGGGCGGAGCUGCAGCGGGAGAGGGCGGAGCUGCAGCGGGAGAGGGCGGAGCUGGAGCUGGAGAGGGCGGAGCUGCAGCGGGAGAGGGCAGAGCUGGAGAUGGACAGAGCGGAGCUUGCACUGGAGAGGGAGCAGGAGGAGGCCGAGCUGAAGAGGGAGAGGGCGGAGCUGCAGAGAGACAGAGCACACGUGGAGCGUAGUCGAAGAGCGCUCUUCCUGUUUCACACUCUGCUGCGGAAACUCUGAGGCUCUGAGCACUUCCUGUUUCACACUGCUGUGGAUUCUGAGGCACUGUGCACUUCCUGUUUCACACUGCUAUGGAUUCUGAGGAGCUGUGCACUUCCUGUUUCAUACUGCUGUGGAAUCUGAGGCGCUGUGCAGUUCCUGUUUCACACUGCUGUGGAUUCUGUGGCGCUGUGCACUUCCUGUUUCACACUGCUGUGGAUUCUGAGGAGCUGUGCACUUCCUGUUUCAUACUGCUGUGGAAUCUGAGGCGCUGUGCACUUCCUGUUUCACACACUGCUCUGGAAUCUGAGGCGCUGUGCACUUCCUGUUUCACACACUGCUGUGGAAUCUGUAGUGCUGUACACUUCCUGUUUCACACUGCUGUGGUAUUUCUGAGGUGCUUGUACAAGCCCAAGAAAGUGAACUUUCUGGCAGCCUUGGAGUUUUAAGUAGAUUUUAUUGAAUUAGCCACAAGUAUACCAGCCAUUGUAAAGCUGGCAAGCCAAAAGAAACUUCUGCAAAUAUUUAAAAUAUCCAUCAUAUGUGAAACCUUUCUGGACAAAAUGGAAAACUUCCAAUGUAAUUGAAAUAAUAAAAACUCCCGAAAGUGAACAGCCCCUUUAUCUUGUGUCUAUGCACAGAGGAGCCAUGGACCGAGGGCGCUAGUCACAAACACUGCAGGUAGAGACAAAAUCACAACCUGUGAUGCCCCUCGUAGCCAAUAGAGGGAGCUGCCUUCAACGUUAACUCCAUUGUCACUGAAACUGUUAGCAGAUGUGGCAUUACAGUGGUAGUAAUUCUAGUUAUUUUGCUUCAAAAUUUGAUUUGUUUUCAUAUUUUCAAAAGGCUUACUGAAUUGUUAUAUAAGACAUGGACUUGUUUAUUUAGGCAUAUUUAUACAUCUCAACUAUCAGCUUCAUCACCUUUAUUAAAAUCACCAUCAAACUAUAGCAAUCUUCGUCACCAUCAAUAAAAUAAUUGUUAUUUUCAUCCUUAUCUAAAGUAAUGCUUACUGUUUUUUUAGUUCACUGUUAUUAGCACCAUGAAAAUGACCUUAACACCAUGUUUAGAAUCACCAUCAUUGUCUUCACUCUUGAUUGAAAUCACUCUAAUUAAAUGAAUCAUUAUUAAAAUCAUCAUAAUUAAAGUGGU